AUGCCCUCUCUGCUCCUGCGAAAAUAUGCUGCUCUCACUGCUACACUCUCAAUCCCCAUCCCAAGCAGCAGCAAAUCCGUCUGCAACACCCUCCUCACAAUAAUCAAUGACCCGCACCUCACCUCCUACCCGCCAUCCCACGCCUAUCAAACCCGGUUCUUCAAGCGGUUGGUAGACGAGCUCGAAGCUCGUGCAGAUUAUCCGAUAGAUGAAGAGAUCUAUGAGGCAUUCAUGGAUGCCAUGGCCGGGUCGUCCUCGGAAGGAUGUAGUAACCAUUCCACUUCCAGUCCGGGCCUGCAAGUCACUCCCCCCUCUCCGUCCUACAGGACACACUACUACCCCCUCCGCCUCUCCUCAAGGGGGCAGGAAAACGGCCACCGCUCUCCCCCAGGCUGCCUAUGUGCACGCGAGCAGGCGGAUGAAGAGGGUUGGGGCCGAUUGACCGUAUUCGAGAGCCCUAGCCUUGUAGAAGCGGGCACGACGGGGCUGAGAACUUGGCGUGCCGCCCUAUGGAUGGGGGAAUGGCUCCUUGCCCACUCUGAAGUUGUCAAGGGAAAGAAAGUGCUUGAGCUGGGCAGCGGCACGGGUUUCCUGGGAAUACUUGUUGCUCAGCUCCAACUUCUAGCUGGGGAAGGGAACGGGGUAGGCGAGGUGUGGAUGACCGAUUGUUCGGACGCGGUCCUGCACCGGUGUGCGAAUAACGUGCACUUGCCUUGCAACAACCUUGAAGCACACCCUGGGCUGCAUACCACCUCCUUAGACUGGACCUCCUCUCUCCCUGAGGUAGAGGCCCAGAUGCAGCAGAUGAAGCCAGACGUCGUCAUCGCCUGUGACGUCGUGUUCGAUACCUCUAUCGUACCGGAUCUUGUGAAAGCUCUACGCUUGACGUUGGGCACUGCUGGAGCGUGCUGGGUUGCUGGAGCGAUAAGGAAUGAAGAAACGACUAAUGCGUUCAUCCGGGAAGCAGAGAACCAAGGCCUGCGGGUAAGAGACACAGACUGGGCGUUCGGGGAUGAUGAACGCGUGUUUCUGGGUGGAAGCGAGGGAGGGGAAGGGAUGGGGGAGGUUCGGCUGAUGUGUUUGACUAAGGGGGUGAAAGAGCAAUGA